AUGUCGACAAGAAAACAAUAUACACCGCAAGAAAUUAUCGCCAGAUUUACCGAAUGUCCACCGCCUCCCUUUUUUGAAGCAUUUGGACCACUUCAAUCAAAGAGACAAUACAAACCAUUAAAUUAUUUUGACAAACUCAGUAGCAAUCCAGAAAAAAAUAACGACAAUAAUCUAGAUUUCUUAGAACAUGAGCUUCAAACAUCAAAUGAGCAAAGAACAAUCAGUUUUGAAUCGAUCCUCAAUCAUUCAACUCCACAAAACAAAAACAAGCCUGUCCACUCACCUCCACCAGGUUUCAAUCCACAACCAGCCAAUAUACCUGUUUUUGCUCCACAAAGAACCACUUCACCUGUUCCGGAAGCAGUUUUAAACAUCAAUGGCACAGAGAAUACAGUACCAGAACCUGUUUUCACACCAAAGAGAAACGAGUCUCCUGUACCAGAACCUGUCUUUGCUCCAAAGAAAUCCGAAAAUAUUCCACAAGAACCAGUCUUUGCACCAAAGAAAACAGAAACACCAGUAUCAGAACCAGUAUUUGCACCAAAUAAAUCCGAAAAUAUCGUACCUGAACCUGUUUUUGCACCACAACGCAAUCAAAAUACAAAUAAUGAACCAAAAUUUACACCAAAACCAGCUCCAGCGCCACAACAAGAAUCUGCACCAUCAUUCAGACCACAAAAACAAAAUUACAACAACAAUAAUAAAUUUGCUUCAUAUUUUCCUUCCCAGAACAAUAAUCCAGAACCUUCAUUCGCUCCAAAGAAGAAAGAAGACACUCCAUUUGUUCCAAACUUCAAUGAAGCACCUCGCAUCGAGACAUUCGACCAAGUCAUCAAUUCCGAUCCCUCUCUUCCACCAGGCUUCAACGCUCUGCCAGUCAUAGACCAGCCUCAAUCAACCAAGUCAGAUGUCGUUUCUUUCGACAAGAUCUACGAGAAGCAAAUGGCCGACCAUCCAGACCAAAUUGGCAAUUUCAUGCCAAAACCAGAGCCACAGGAAGAAGAGCCAGUCAUUCCCACAUUCGCUCCAUCCACGGCCAAGAAGACAUUCAACCCUCCAACAUACGAGAGUCCACAAUCAGAGAAGAGACACAAGAAGAGGGAACAACUUGCAUCAUUCGAUUCCAUUUUGAACGAAGAGAAGAAGAAAGAAGAAAAGACGAAAACAGAGUUCAUCACUCCAAUUCCAGGUGUUCCUCAAUUUGCAGACAUAGAGCGUGAGACAAUGGAGAGAUCCCCACAGAAGACAUUCACUCCUAGAUACACAUUGCCUGAAGAGGAGAAGAAAGAAGUUCCGAUGCCUUCUUUCGGUCCUUCGAAGAAUUCAAAGAAUAUUCCUUACUACGCAACAUUGGACGAAGUUGAGGAGGCAAAGAAGAAAGAGGCGCAGGCAAAGAGACCGAAGUACUCACAGAUAUCAGUACAAGAAGAGAAGCCACAGAAAGCAAAGGGAUUCUCAUUCGACACUCUCAUGGAAGAUGAACAAAAGAAAUCUAAAAAAGAAAAAUCUCAAAAACAAAAAGUGACAAAUGGAUUUUCAUUUGAAGCAUUAUUAGACGAGGAAGAACGUAAAGAAUCCAAGCAACAGAAGCCUCAACCAGGUAAGCUACAGCUUGUUGACGAAGUUGUUGAGCCAGAAUUGUCAUUUGCUCCGAAAUCAUCAACAAACAACCCAUUUGAUGGUCCUUUCCAACAGGAAGAGAAGAAGAAGGGCAACCAAUGGGCAGAACCACCGUCAGUCGAUGACAUCCAGACAAAGACAAACGCUUGGAAGUCCCCUGAAGUACAGAACAUUAAACCAGAAGAAGAAAAAGUUCAGCAGCAACCUGAGAAAAAGAAGAAAAAGAAAUUCCAAGUAUAUGUCCCUCCUGAGCAGUUGCAGCCACAACAACAACAGAAGAAGUUCAACGGUCCUUCAUUCGAUGACCUCUUGAAUGCAGAAGAGGAGAAGCAGAAGAAGAUAAAGGAAAAACAGCAGCAAACACAGAGAGCUUCUGCUGCUCCAACUCUUAGUUACGAUGAACCAACAUUUAAUCCGAAAUCAAAGGGCGGAAAACCUGGAAUUCCAAGGCCAGGAAACAGUUCAAAAGGUUUCUCUUUCGCAGCAUUGAUGGAGGAGGAACAGAAGAAGAAUCCAGAUCCAAAACCAACGACAUUGUCUUACAAACCAGGAACAGUUGUCACUUCGAUGUACGGAAAGUCAUUCGACCAGUUGAUGGAAGAUGAAGCACAGAGAGAAGCUCAACUCGAACAGCAAUCAGCAUUCGAUGAUGAAAGGAAUUUGCCACCGCUAGUGUUCGAAAAUCCAAACAAGAAGGAGAAGAAGAAGCCAAAGAGCAGAUUCACUGAUCAUGAUAUGUUCUGGGGAUCAGUUGAUACUGAUUAA